AUGGCGAAGACGAGAAUACUGGUAUUAAUCCUCAGGCUUAUCAAGAAGAAGAUGAAAAGGAGUUUAUCUCUCUCAUCAUUAACAAGAAAAUGGAAUGUUGAGGAAGAAAUGGGUACUUCCAUGGAAGUGCCACAAGAUGUGAAGGAAGGUCAGUUCGUGGUGUUGGCAGUGAAUGGUGGUAAGUCAAAGAGGUUUGUUGUUGAUUUGGGUUACUUGACUCACCCUGAGUUCUUGAAGAUGUUGCAGCAAGCAGAGGAGGAGUUUGGGUUUGAACAACUCGGAGCAAUUGCCCUCCCUUGUCCACCUCAUGAUCUCCAAAGAAUUCUGCAGGAAGAGCAGUUGCAGAAGAGCAGAGAAAGAACAUCACUAGCUACCUAG